AAAAGCUGAAAUUGAAUAGAAAUGUAUGAUUUUUUUAAAGAAAUGAUACGAAAUUAUUAGACAAUCUAUGAAGGUUAACAAAAUGAUCAAAAAACCCCCACGUACUCGUACAUCAAAUUUUUCGGAUACUGAAGAAGAAAUUCUAAUGCGAUGCAUUUUAAAACGCAUAAACAUUAUUGAAUGUAAAAGAGUUGAUUCGGCCAUACUGAAAGAAAAAAAGCGAAUUUGGAUUGAAAUUGCAAAUGAAUUCAACUCAUUAUGUCCGAAUAAUUCCCGCAACAGCAAAGUCCUCAAGGACAAAUACACAAAUAUAAAAACAAUGCUUCGGAAAGAAUAUGCAGCUGAAAAAGAAAAAUUAAAUGUAAUGGAAAUACCAGAUUGGCGCCCAAGAAAUCCAAGAAUGUUUCAAGUGUCGAAAUAUAUAUCACUUUCAAAGCAAAGUAAUACAUCAACAUUUGAUGAUGAUGAAGAGGAUGAUGGGGCCGAUGAUGAGGGAUCACUUACAAUGCCUGAACCUGAAGAUGUUAAACCUUUAUUUCUUGAAUACUCUGAUUAUUCUGAAAAUCCUCCCAAUCCAAUGAAUAUUCCAACAAUCCAAUUUCAUGAAUAUGAUAUCGCUGACACUGAACAAUCGACAAGUGAAUCCUGGUCGCAACAUAAACCUUCUGUGCCACGUAAAUCGAAUAAGCAUCAAUUUAAACGACCACCAUCGACAACAUCAUCAUCAAAUAAUAGUGGCGAUAAAGAUGAUACAUUAAAACAUUUGAAAAUCAAAUUGAUUGAAAGACAGUUGGAAAUGCGUGAAAUCGAACAUGAAGCACGAUUGAGUCAGCAACGGAAGGAACAUGAGGCACGGAUGGGCUUGUUGAAGGCUCAAAAAGCAGAUUACGAAACUAAAAUUAAGUUGCGUCAGAUAAAAAUUGCAAAAUUAACAAACGAUAAAGUUGUUGUUAAAACAGAAAUUGAUUCUGAUUUUUAGAUAAUAAUCUUAUAAUAAUGAGCAGAGCAUUUAUUUGUUUUAAAAUAAAAAAGAAUCAUUUGAUGAUUUUAA